AUGAAAAAUGCAUUUGGUUGGACUGACGAUGACGACAGCAGUGACAAUGAAGCUCCUAAACCGCCAGUCAAGAAAUUGAAGAUCGGUGUUAAGCUGAAUCUCGGAGAUGAGAAGAAGGUUCCCAGUGAUGAUUAUAUGAGCUUUGAGGUUGGUGAAGAAAGCAUGCCCAAGGAAGAGCCAUCGCCACGGGCUUCAUUAGACACGUCUUUGUUUGACAAAGGUUCGGUAGGACUCUCUAUUAUGCAAAAGAUGGGAUUUAAGGUUGGUGAGGCUUUGGGUAGCUCUGACAAUGCUCAUAAAGAACCGAUCAAGGUUGUGCCAAAACAGGAUAGGUUGGGAAUUGGUGCCACAUCAAGAAUCAAACUACCCCCUGAGAUCAGUACGGAAACUGGGGCUGAACAGUUUAUCGGCAAACGACUGGAGGAAUUGCAAGAACGUAAAGCAGCGAAUGCAGUUCACAAGCUUCAGAAGUUUUGUUUCACGGCGUCUGGGGACGAUGAUAAGAUAGACAAUGUAGACCAAGCACUCGAAGUCAAUCCCCUUUGGCGCUCAUUGGCAAUACUGUCUGUCCAUGCGCCGUUGGAGAGAAAGAGGGUCUUGAUCGAUCAAGACGAGGAAUCUGAGGACAAGACCGAUUUUGGCUUGACAGACUCUCAGACCUCAUAG